AUGGGAACCGUCUCAGCAGCCGCCAAGUGGCACCUGCCUGGCCUCAUGGCCACCCCUCUGUCCAGCCUCGGCUCUGGGCCCAGAGCUUCGAGGCCGUCGGUCCUGAGCUGCCUCGUCCUCCUGCUGCUGCCGCUGCCGCUGACACCGUUGAGCUCUGGUUACAAAGAGGACAAAACCAAACCAGUUUGUGGCGAGCCCUGGUGGUCAGAAGAUUUGGUUGUGAUGCGCCAUUGGCCCUGGGAGGUGAGCCUCCGGAUGGAAAACGAGCACGUGUGUGGAGGGGCCCUCAUUGACCACAGCUGGGUGGUGACUGCUGCCCAUUGCAUCCAAGGCACUAAAGAGUACUCGGUGAUGCUUGGCACCCACAAGCUGCAGCCCGUGAACCUCACCAGAGCCCGCUGGAUCCCUGUGAGGGACAUCAUUAUGCACCCCAAGUACUGGGGCCGGACCUUCAUCAUGGGUGAUCUUGCCCUCCUCCGUCUGCACACUCCCGUUGCCUUCAACAAGUACAUACAGCCUAUCUGCCUCCCAGAGCCCAACUUCAACCUGAAGGUUGGAACUCAGUGCUGGGUGACUGGCUGGAGCCAGGUUAAACAGCGCUUCUCAGCAGACUCCACGCUGACCCCAGAGCUGCGAGAGGCUGAGGUGUUCAUCAUGGACAACAAGAGAUGUGACCGGAUUUACCACAGGAAUUCCCUCUUCACCCGUGCUGUCCCCCUUGUCCUGGGGGGCAUGAUCUGUGCCACCAAUUAUGGAGAAAACUUGUGCUAUGGAGAUUCUGGGGGGCCACUGGCUUGUGAAGUCGAGGGCAGAUGGAUUCUGGCUGGGGUGUUGUCCUGGGAAAAGGCCUGCGCCAAAGCACAGAAUCCAGGAGUGUAUACCCGUGUCACCAGGUAUACCAAAUGGAUCAAGAAGCAAAUGAGCAAUGGGUCUCUUUCAGGUCUCCACACUUCCACCUGGCUCCUAUUUCUGUUCUGGCUGCUGCAGCCCCAGAUGGGCCCAUAACCACCUCACCCCUUCCUCUUCCUGCCUUGCCUAUGCUGAAUGGGGCUUGAGGGAGGUUUGACCAAGGUCGUGUGUCCAUAUUCAACAAGAGUCAGUGUAGGGAAAGAGUGGCCCCUGGGAGACUGGGUCCUGCUUUGGCAUGUCAGCGGAGAGGAGUGUGGUGGAUGACUAGGCCUUGGGUGACCAGGAGAAGGGAAGUGUGGCCUAAAAGGGUUGAAGAAUAUGGGACCAGGAUAGCA